CUGGCCGCCCGCGCCGCCCGGCCGCUCCGGGGACGGGCCGGGGCGGGGCGCGGCGCGGCGGCAGGAAGCGGGGCGGGGACUCGCGGAGGCGUUGGGGAGCGAGGGAGGGCGCGGCCAACUCCCGGAGGGACGGCAGGCGGAGAGAGCGGCGCCCGGGUCUGGCGCCGAACCUGAGCCCGCCGGACGGGAGGCGGCCCAGCCGCGGGCUCGGCCUCGGCCCCAGCCCCGCCAGCAUGGCCGGCCGGACCGUGCGGGCCGAGACCCGGAGCCGGGCCAAGGAUGACAUCAAGAAGGUGAUGGCGACCAUCGAGAAGGUCCGGAGAUGGGAGAAGCGCUGGGUGACUGUGGGCGACACUUCCCUUCGUAUCUUCAAGUGGGUGCCAGUGGUGGACCCCCAGGAGGAGGAGCGGCGGAGGGCAGGUGGUGGGGCAGAGAGAUCUCGAGGCCGGGAGCGACGGGGCAGGGGCGCCAGUCCCCGAGGGGGUGGCCCUCUCAUCCUGCUGGAUCUCAAUGAUGAGAACAGUAACCAGAGUUUCCAUUCGGAAGGCUCCCUGCAAAAGGGCACUGAGCCCAGCCCUGGGGGCACCCCUCAGCCCAGCCGCCCUGUGUCACCUGCUGGACCACCAGAAGGGGUCCCAGAGGAUGCUCAGCCCCCACGUCUGGGCCAAGAAAGAGAUCCUGGGGGCAUAACUGCAGGCAGCACGGAUGAACCCCCAAUGCUGACCAAGGAGGAGCCUGUUCCAGAAUUGCUGGAGGCUGAGGCCCCCGAAGCUUACCCCGUCUUUGAGCCAGUGCCACCUGUCCCCGAGGCAGCCCAGGGUGACACAGAGGACUCGGAGGGCGCCCCCCCACUCAAGCGCAUCUGCCCAAAUGCCCCUGACCCCUGAGAAGCCGGCCUGCCUGUCCUGUCGCCCCAGGGGCCCCUUUGGCUUUUUACAAAUAAAGACCCUUUUGUAA